CCUGCAAUUAGGGAGCCGCGCGGCAGCGGCGUGCACCCCCCGCUGCAUGGCCCCGAACCACCCUCCCAGCGCGUCUGAUUGCGGGCGCCCGGCGCUGCUGCGGGCCCGAAAUCCCGGAGCAGGUGGAGCCCUUCUCAGGGCUGAAGGGAGACUAGAGCAGGUCAUAUUCUCUCCUGCAACAUCUGUUUGCUGCUUCAGCACCUCAUCCUUCCAUGGACAAUCAGAAGAUGGAAGACUUAUUUACAUUGGGAAUUUAGCAAAGGCAGUUAGGGGUGUGAAAUUUUUAUCCUAUUUUACAAGCAUAUUUAGCUUGUAUGUGAUGCUCAACCUGAAUGCCAACAUGAGUUCUGAAGUUCAAAGUCUGCUUUUGGAACCUGCCAUUUAUGGUGUAGGAUUCAUGAUAUUUGCAAUACCAAUUAUCAUGCAUCGGUUUACAAAAGGCUAUGUGGUUCGGCUGUAUCAUAAAGCUGAGACUGACACAUACACAGCCAUUACAUAUAAUGCUAUUUUGUUAGAAAAAAGAACUGUGUUCCAUCAGAGGGAUGUCAAAGUUCCAACCAUCAGCAAGUUGUUUACAACAUUUAAUGCCAAAACUAAAUCAAUGUUUGUUAAUCCAGCGCUGUUCACAUAUUCACGGGACUAUGACCAUCUCAUGGGUCAUAAACUUUUAUUUUGACUUUGAGGGGAAAAAAUGAAUCCAGUGAAAACAAACAGAACUGGAUGUUAAUAAAGGUGGCUCUCUUUU